AUGCCAAAUACAAACAAACAAGUGAUCUACAUCUGUGGCCCCCUGGAGAUGCUCCAUAUGAUCAUGCUGCAGGCUCACAAGGAGAAGUUAACCAAUGGUGACUACGUCUUCUUCUACGUUGACGUGUUUGGUGAGAGUUUACGUUCAGAUGGGAUCAGAGACGCCUUCAAACCCUGGCAGAGUAAUCGGUCCCACGAGGAGGACCUGAAGGAAGCCUUCAAGACGGUCCUGGUGAUCUCCUACCACGAGCCUCAGAACCCGGAGUACUUGGCAUUCCAGAAGAAUCUGAUCCACCGAUGUAAGGAAGAGUUUAAGGUGGAGCUGAACUAUUCUCUGAUGAACCUCAUUGCCGGAUGCUUCUAUGAUGGCGUCCUUCUUUACGCUCAGGCGCUGAAUGAGACUUUACAGGAAGGAGGAAAUCCGAAGGAUGGGAUCCGCAUCGUCCAGAAGAUCCAGGAGCGCAGCAUGCAGGGUGUGACCGGUACAGUCAGUAUGGACAAGAACAAUGACCGAAACAUUGACUUUGACCUGUGGACAAUGGCCGAUCACCAGAACGGGAACUUCGAGGUUGUUGGCCAUUAUGAUGGGAUAACAAAGCAGAUGAACUGGACGGGGACACCGAUUCUGUGGCUGAAGGGUUCCCCGCCCUCGGACAGCCCUCCCUGUGUAUUUGAUAGUGAGGACCCCUCGUGCGUUAAGACUCCUCUCUCCACAUUAGCCAUGGUGGCUCUUGGGGCCGGACUCACCCUGCUGAUGUGUGGGAUGGCCAGUAUCCUUAUAAUGAGGAAGCUGAUGCUGGAGAAGGAAUUGGCGAGUAUGUUGUGGAGGAUCCGCUGGGAGGAGCUACAAUUCGGCAACUCGGAGAAAUACCACAAGUGUGCCGGGAGCCGCCUGACACUGUCACUAAGAGGCUCCAGUUAUGGUUCUCUGAUGACGGCUCAUGGGAAAUACCAAAUCUUUGCCAACACCGGACAUUUUAAGGGUAAUGUCGUUGCCAUCAAGCACGUGAAUAAGAAGCGUAUAGAGCUGACACGACAGGUUCUCUUCGAGCUCAAACAUAUGAGGGACGUGCAGUUCAACCAUCUGACUCGGUUCCUUGGCGCCUGCAUUGACCCUCCAAACAUUUGUAUUGUUACUGAGUAUUGCCCCCGGGGCAGUCUACAGGACAUUUUGGAGAAUGACAGCAUAAACCUGGACUGGAUGUUCCGUAAUUCUCUCAUUAAUGACAUUGUGAAGGGAAUGUGUUUCCUCCAUCGCAGCAUCAUUUCGUGUCACGGGAACCUGAAGUCCUCUAACUGCGUGGUGGACAGCCGCUUCGUCCUGAAGAUCACCGACUACGGGCUGGCCAGCUUCCGCUCCACCUGUGACGCUGACGAUGUCUAUGCCUUGUAUGCCAAGAAGCUUUGGACGGCUCCUGAGCUGCUACGUAUGGGGAGACCCCCACCUCAAGGUACUCAGAAGGGUGAUGUCUACAGUUUUGGGAUCAUACUGCAGGAGAUAGCACUGAGAAAUGGAGCGUUUUACAUCCAGGGCAUGGACCUCAGCCCAAAAGAGAUUGUUCAGAAGGUCAGAAAUGGACAGCGGCCAUACUUUCGUCCUACAGUUGACACCAGUUGUCAUAGCGAGGAGCUGGGGAUCCUAAUGGAGAGGUGUUGGGCUGAGGACCCUCUGGAGAGACCAGAAUUCAACCAGAUAAAGAUCUACAUCUGCAAGUUCAACAAGGAGGGCACAACUAGUAUUCUGGAUAAUUUACUGUCUCGCAUGGAGCAAUAUGCAAACAACCUGGAGAAAUUAGUGGAGGAGAGGACACAAGCAUACCUGGAGGAAAAGCGCAAGGCGGAGAACCUGCUCUACCAGAUCCUGCCACAUUCAGUGGCUGAGCAGUUGAAGAGAGGGGAGACCGUCCAGGCCGAAGCCUUUGACAGCGUCACCAUCUAUUUCAGUGACAUUGUGGGGUUUACAUCAAUGUCUGCAGAGAGCACGCCCAUGCAGGUGGUCACCCUAUUAAAUGACCUGUACACAUGUUUUGAUGCUAUAAUAGACAACUUCGAUGUAUACAAGGUGGAGACCAUCGGUGAUGCAUACAUGGUGGUUUCAGGGUUACCCGUAAGGAAUGGGAAGUCGCAUGCACGAGAAAUUGCCCGGAUGUCUCUGGCCCUCCUGGAAACAGUGAAGACCUUCAAGAUCCGACACACGCCAAACACACAGCUCCGUCUGCGCAUAGGAAUUCAUACAGGUCCGGUCUGUGCAGGAGUGGUUGGACUAAAGAUGCCUCGCUACUGCCUGUUUGGUGACACAGUGAACACAGCGUCACGGAUGGAGUCCAAUGGGGAAGCACUCAAGAUCCACAUUUCUUCAGCCACCAAAGAAGUCUUAGAUGAAUUUAGCUGCUUUCAGCUGGAGCUUCGGGGAGAUAUUGAAAUGAAGGGCAAAGGGAAGAUGAGGACCUACUGGUUACUAGGAGAAAUGACGGACGAUGAUGUUAUUUGAGCCGCUCUUAUGCCAUAUCAGCUCCACAUUGGCCAGCUGUGUCCUGAGCUGCUCACUAGACUAAUCUGGGAAAAAGGUUGUCCCCAACCUACCCAUUGCCUGGCUCUUCCCAGAGCACAUAGAACAUGGAGGCCUUAUUGGACGGAGAAGCAGACACUUAAGCCUGUUACUCUCUUCUGGGAAUGAGUCCAUUAUACACCAGCUAUCAGCCAAGAGAUGACCUCUGUAUUGGUCACAUGGCCACAAUACCAUACAACCUGUAGGCAGCGCAGAAUCUAGAACAAGACGUAAACGUUUCUCACACCUAUGGCCUUCAGUUUACUGAAAUUCACCAAGAAGAUCCUAAGCAACUUGAGAGGUGGAUCCAGAGCAUCAGUCAUAUACUUCCCCUGGAGUGUCGGUACCGGACAAAUUGGUUCUAAUUUGUGCAAUCCUCAUUAGGUUCCACUACAAACCACAUUGGUUCCAUCACAAACGAUGUCCUCUUUUUGAUCCACUGGUUUAAUUUCCUGCUUGGAGCAGCAACUAGUUCUACCAAUCCCUCUGCCAGGUACCCAGCCGUACCAAUAUUUCAUCUUACGACUAGAACAGGGAUCCAGAUAGGACAGCGUUGGGCUACAUGGGUACUAGUAGGAGGCGGAGCUUAGUACGCAAUCAGUUUUCAGAUGUGCCACAGGAUUGCUCGAUCCGGUGAUUCCACACAACAGUGCAGAAGGGAACAGAAAAAAACGACUGAAUGUGCAGUCAGGUCACAGGCUCUACAAUACAGCUGUAGUGCCCAUCACACAACGCAUCACAUCACCUUAGAGUUUAGUUAACACUCCAACAUAAACCAAAAGAACAACCAAAGAGUCUCAUAACACAGAUGUUUAUACGUGAUACCGUAGCUGUACUGAGUCCACGGCACAUUCAGCCUUCAAUAAAGAUGAGUACAUCCUAAACCCCUCCUGUCUGGAUUAUUUUACACCCACUCUGCCCCAUGAGAUUGCCCCACGUGUGAUUGCCAGCAACGCUCUCCUACAACAUCCCAUAGAAAAAAAACAGCAAUAUUUAUUCCCCUAUUUCACCGAAAUGAAAAAUUCUGGACCAAAACCGAAAAUUCCGGAUGUUUGGCCAAAAACAUCUUUUUCUUCAACUAUUUUUUUUAUAUAAUUGUAUUAUGUUAGACUCUUUAAGGGGCAGUAACACAAUAGAGUGUCUUUACUGCAAUAGAGCAAUGAUCUGCAACCUGUGGCUCUGCAGCUAGUGGCAUGGUGAGAGUUGUAGUUCUGCACUAGCUUCAGAGCCACAGGUUGUAGAUCUCUGCUGUAGAGGAAGCAUUUCAGGCUGCAGUUCCCUGUUCCUCCACUAGGGAGUCACUAUAUAGAACUGCCUGGGUUGCCUCACAUAUAGCUCCAGUGGAGUCAUUCCCACGCAGCUGAGAGGCAGCCAUAAUAAAAGGGGUAAUUAAAGGAGUACUCCAGGAUGCAACUUUAUUUUUACCCGCCCAGAAUGCCGGCAUAAAAAAAAACCUGGACUUUCCUCCUCCUGCUGCAUUCCUGGAAUUCCGCUCACGGCUUUAGCUUGGGUCUUCUUCCUGCUUCUUGUCAUUGUUGGCAUCAAUGUUCUGCCUCAGCCGAUGAAAGGAUGAGCGGUUGUGUGAUGUAAUGGACCCCGCAAUACGUCAUAGGCUCAAUACGUCAUACCUCCGCUUGGGGUGGGAUAUCACUGCAGCUGUCAAUAAUUAGCUGAGCCACAGUAUGACGAGUCGAGCACAAGAAGCUGGAAGAAGACGGAGGCCAGGAGCAGGAGACCGGAGGCAUCGAGAGAGUGGCGAGAGGCACAUCCAGUUUGGACAAGUAAAAAAAAAAAAAAAAACUGCAUCCCGAAGUACUUCUUUAAUUAUAACACAUAACCAGUCCCGACACACAGUCUAAGCUCUUUGCCCCUGACUCCUGUGGUACAGCCAUUAUGGGGGUGGAGCUCUCCAAAUGAAGAAAGGUAUUUCUCUCCUUUCAUGUGGUGAAGAGUGGGUGGAGCUUUGAGCGGGCAAUUUUCAGCCAUUUUUUUUUUUAGGCUGAAAAGGGCAAUAACAGCAUUUUCACCAUAAACCUUUUUGCCACCGAUAUAGUAGUCCACUUAUUAAUGACCAACAGUGGGGCCCAGGGCACUGGUACUUGGUAUCUGUGGUUAAUGUUCCGCUUACUAGCGCAGGCCUGGCUGUCUUAACAUUUUGCUUAGUUUUAGCUGACGAGGUGUCUGCACCGCACACUCCAUGUAUCUGCUGGUAAAACUCCAGGCACAUAAAAAAGUAAGUGAACCCUUUGAAAUUAUCCGGAUUAUUGCAAUGAUUAAAAAUAAUGUAAUCUGACUAUCACUAUAAAAGACAAACACUGUCUAAACUAAGAACAGAGACAUUUAUACCGAUCAUGUAUCAAGCAUAUUAAGUAAACUUCCACAGAGCAGGGAGAAACCCCAUGAAUGUAAUAACCUGUAGCAGCGAUAGUCUCCACUAAACUUCUCCUGAAGCUAAAAAUAUGAUCUACACAAUAUUGAGGAGGAAGUUGAGACUGUUUCUUCCUGCAAUUGUGUUUCAGUCCAUAAAUAUUUCUGGGGUGUCUUGUGUCCGGCGCCCUCUUCAGGUCAGGCCACAGCAUUUUCAUGUAGUUGAAGGGAAUCGGUCAGCUCUAAACAAGGUUAAGUGUCAAACAGGUGGUGCUGAACCCUGUUAAUCAAAGCAGAGACUUAGCACCGCCUCCAUCACCUGAUGUCUCUUCAGCCUGAGGUCAUAGACAGCCACCCCUCCAUUCUCCAGUAAAAUAUUAUUAAUUUUUCUCAGCAGCAGCGUCCUCCUUGGUUUUCUUUCCAAGAUCCCAUGAACGUGUUCAUCUAAUGGUGUAAAUAUGGACAGAGGUUCUGCAGUAUGUAGAGUUUUCUGUGGGUCUUCUGCUGUUCUCAGGAUCGCCCAUUGGCUCUUGGAGGGAUCUUAACAGAAUGCCCCACCAAGGGGAGCAGCCACAGUCCUGAAUUUCCAUAACUUGUAGACCCUAUGUAUAACCGUGGAUUAAUGUACCCCCAGGGAUUUAGCUUCUGUAGCCGCUACCAGCGUCAAACAUCCCGAUAACAGUUGUUUCCAUCGAGGCGCCGUUCACACUGACAAGUCUUUCUUGAGAAGAACAGAUCUGUUGGUGACCAAACUCUUUAAUAGUCAAAGCCCCUCUGACCUUCGCAUUUAACAUCUUUAUGAAACAAUUUACCUAAACACAAGGGUUCAUUUUCCUCCCUGCUCUUUGGAAGUUUACUCAAUGUGCUCGCUAGGACACAAGAAUUAUUAGUUACUGUGUUUGUCUAUAACUGUGAUCGUGGCAGUAGUCCACACAAUUCCCCAAUAUAUCCAAAGACUAUACACCUGACGGGGAGCGCUGUUCCGUAAAGACGUCCAAAGACUAUACACCUGACGGGGAGCGCUGUUCCGUAAAGACGUCCAAAGACUAUACACCUGACGGGGAGCACUGUUCUGUGAAUACACCCAAAGACUAUUCACCUGACGGGGAGCGUUGUUCAGUGAAGACAUCCAAAGACUAUACACCUGACGAGGAGUGCUGUUCUGUGAAUACAUCAAAAGACUAUACACCUGACGGGGAGCGCUGUUCUGUGAAUACAUCAAAAGACUAUACACCUGACGGGGAGCGCUGUUCUGUGAAUACACCCAAAGACUAUACACCUGACGGGGGGCGUUGUUCAGUGAAGACAUCCAAAGACUGUACAUUUGGCAGGGAGCGUUGUUCCGUGAAGACAUCCAAAGACUAUUCACCUGAUGGGGAGCACUGUUCUGUGAAGACAUCCAAAGACUAUUCACCUGAU